AUGAGCUUCUUCUCCUAUUUGGACCCCAGGAGGAUCCAGUGGGGUGCCACAUGGUACGCCAUGCACUCCAGAAUCCUACGCACCAAACCUGUGGAGUCAAUGCUGGAGGGGACGGGCACCACCACCUCUCAUGGGACCAAGCUAGCCCAGGUGCUCACUACAAUGGACCUGGUUUCCCUUGGAGUUGGAAGCUGUGUAGGCACUGGAAUGUAUGUAGUAUCUGGGCUGGUUGCUAAGGAGAUGGCUGGGCCUGGGGUUAUUGUUUCCUUCAUCAUUGCAGCAGUUGCCUCCAUUUUGUCAGGUGUUUGUUAUGCUGAGUUCGGAGUGCGUGUCCCAAAAACCACAGGCUCUGCCUACACCUACAGCUAUGUGACAGUUGGAGAGUUUGUGGCAUUCUUCAUUGGCUGGAACCUGAUCCUGGAGUACCUGAUUGGCACAGCAGCUGGCGCAAGUGCCCUGAGCAGCAUGUUUGACUCCCUGGCAAAUCAUACCAUCAGCCACUGGAUGGUUGACAGUGUUGGAACAUUAAAUGGACUGGGGAAUGGAGAGGAAUCAUAUCCAGAUCUUCUCGCUCUUGUUAUUGCUGUCAUUGUAACCAUCAUUGUGGCCAUGGGGGUGAAGAACUCUGUGGGAUUUAACAACGUGCUCAAUGCAAUUAACCUGGUAGUGUGGAUCUUCAUCAUGAUUGCUGGGCUUUUCUUUGUCAAUGGCGACAACUGGUCUGAAGGGCAGUUCUUGCCAUUUGGAUGGUCUGGGGUGCUAAAAGGCGCAGCUACUUGUUUCUAUGCCUUCAUUGGCUUUGACAUAAUCGCCACCACAGGAGAAGAAGCUAAGAGCCCCAACACCUCCAUUCCCUAUGCGAUCACGGCUUCAUUGGUCACGUGCCUGACGGCAUAUGUAUCUGUGAGUGUAAUCUUAACUCUGAUGGUGCCAUACUCUGCCAUUGAUUCUGAAUCCCCUUUGAUGGAAAUGUUUGUAGCCCACGGAUUCUAUGCCGCUAAAUUCAUCGUUGCCAUCGGAUCUGUAGCAGGAUUGACAGUGAGCUUGCUGGGCUCCCUUUUCCCAAUGCCAAGAAUCAUUUAUGCCAUGGCUGGUGAUGGGCUGCUCUUCAGAUUCUUGUCCCAUGUGAGUUCUUACACGGAGACUCCAGUGGUGGCUUGUAUUGUCUCAGGAUUUCUAGCAGCACUGCUCUCCUUGCUGGUCAGCCUACGGGACCUGAUAGAAAUGAUGUCCAUCGGCACACUCCUGGCCUACACUUUGGUCUCUGUUUGUGUCUUGCUUCUCCGAUACCAGCCAGAGAGUGACAUUGACGGCUUUGUCAAAUUCCUCUCUGAGGAACACACCAAGAAGAAGGAAGGGAUUCUAGCUGACUGUGAGAAGGAGGUUUGCUCUCCAGUGAGUGAAGGGGAGGAGUUUACUGGCCCACUCACCAACACGUGCGGUGCAAAAAAUCUGCCGUCACUGGGUGACAAUGAGAUGCUAAUUGGGAAAGCAGAUAAACCCACCUACAACAUCAACCACCCCAACUAUGGCACAGUCGACAUGACCUCAGGAAUCGAGGCAGAUGAGUCUGAAAACAUUUACCUCAUCAAGCUGAAGAAGUUAAUAGGGCCACGUUAUUACACAAUGAGGAUUCACCUGGGCCUGCCAGGGAAAAUGGAUCGCCCAACGGCAGCUACUGGCCGCACUGUCACCACCUGUGUGCUCCUGCUUUUCGUCCUGAUGUUCAUCUUCUGCUCUUUCAUAAUUUUCGGUGCAGACUAUAUCUAUGACAAGAGCUGGUGGGCUAUUCUCCUGAUGGUUUUGAUGGUCCUGCUCAUCAUUGCAUUGGUAUUUGUGAUCUUGCAACAGCCAGAAAACCCCAAAAAGCUGCCAUAUAUGGCACCUUGUCUCCCUUUCGUCCCUGCAUUUGCCAUGUUGGUGAAUAUUUAUCUCAUGCUGAAGCUCUCCACGAUCACAUGGGUCCGAUUUGCUGUCUGGUGUUUCGUGGGCUUGCUCAUUUACUUUGGCUACGGCAUGUGGAACAGCACACUUGAGAUCAGCGCCCGGGAAGAGGUCCUUCAUCAGAGCACAUACCAGCGCUACGAUGUGGAUGUUGACCCGUUCUCAGUCGAAGAAGGCUUUUCCUACGCUAAUGAGAGUGACAACUACCAGGACUGGGGGCCUUCAGAAGACAAAGGUUUCUCUUACCAGCAGAUGGCGGCGGCAAAGGAAAGCAGUCGGACGAGUAGCAAAUCGAAAAGCAAAGGCAAACACAAACAGAACUUCGAGGCCCUGAUUGCAAAUGAUGAGCUCGACUACUCACCAGAAUAGGCAUAACACAAACAAAACCACAAUGCUAUUUCUCACUAACCUAACCCUUGGGCUAGAAUGUGAAGGCUUCUUUGGCUCUCAUUUUAAAUUCCAUCUUUCCUAAAAUUUCAGUGCCCAGAAUCACGUCACUUACUCACUCACUUUUUUACUCUUCAGGAUAGUUCUAUAAAAAAGUUUAUCCUGAAUUCUGAGAUUGUCACAUUGAACAAAACAAGCAAGUGACCCAUUUGGAGUCCACCAGCAUGGCCUGUCUUGGUGCAUGUUACCAAGUGGGCCAGCACAUGGAUGGAUUGGCUGACUGGCAGAUUCUUUCUAUGUCUAUUAAGCAUCCUAUUGACCUCUUUUGGCAGCACUGAC